GAUCGAGGCAGAGGCCGUGGCGGACGCUUUGGUUCCAGGGGAGGCCCUGGCAGUGGGUUCCGGCCCUUUGUGCCGCACAUCCCCUUUGAUUUCUAUGUCUGCGAAAUGGCUUUCCCCCGUGUAAAACCUGCCGCCGACGAGACCGCGUUCAGCGAAGCCUUGCUGAAGAGGAACCAGGAUCUUGCUCCGACUGCUGCUGAACAGGCUUCCAUUCUUUCUUUGGUGACCAAAAUAAACAACGUGAUUGACAAUUUAAUCGUAGCACCAGGAACAUUUGAAGUGCAAAUCGAGGAGGUUCGCCAGGUGGGUUCCUACAAGAAGGGCACGAUGACGACGGGGCACAACGUGGCCGAUCUGGUUGUCAUUCUGAAAAUCUUACCCACCCUGGAAGCUGUGGCAGCUUUGGGAAACAAAGUGGUGGAAAGCCUGAGAGCGCAGGACCCCAGCGAAGUCCUGACCAUGCUGACCAAUGAGACCGGCUUUGAGAUCAGCUCGGCUGACGCGACGGUGAAGAUCCUCAUCACCACGGUGCCGCCCAAUCUCCGCAAGUUGGACCCCGAACUACACCUGGACAUCAAAGUGCUGCAGAGUGCCCUAGCUGCCAUCAGACAUGCUCGCUGGUUCGAGGAGAAUGCUUCACAGUCCACGGUGAAGGUCUUAAUCCGGCUGCUGAAAGACCUGAGAAUUCGAUUCCCUGGCUUUGAGCCCCUCACGCCGUGGAUUCUGGACCUGCUGGGGCACUAUGCUGUGAUGAACAAUCCCACCAGGCAGCCCCUGGCUCUCAACAUCGCAUACAGGCGCUGCCUUCAGAUCCUGGCUGCGGGGCUCUUCCUCCCUGGAUCUGUUGGGAUCACCGAUCCCUGCGAGAGUGGAAACUUCCGAGUGCACACAGUUAUGACCCUCGAACAGCAGGACAUGGUGUGUUACACAGCGCAGACGCUCGUCCGCAUUCUCUCUCACGGAGGCUACAGGAAAAUCCUCGGCCAAGAGGGCGACGCCAGCUACCUGGCUUCUGAAAUGUCCACGUGGGAUGGAGUGAUAGUGACGCCUUCUGAGAAGGCUUACGAGAAGCCUCCGGAAAAGAAAGAAGGAGAAGAGGAAGAAGAGAAUCAGGAAGAACCCGCUACAGGCGAGGAGGAAGAAAGCAUGGAGACACAGGAGUGA